AACUUGUGAAGAGUAGUAAAACCCUAAUAAACGAACGAAACGAGAGAGAGAGUCCAAAUCUAAUCUCUCUGUCGUAGGAAGAGGAAGAUCAAAAAAAUGCCGCUCUACGACUGUAUGCUUCUGUUCAAACCAAUCAUCAGGAAGGAAGGACUUAUCGAACUCGCUGCGCGCAUCGGGAAACACGUUUACAGCAGAAAUGGUGUCCUCACCGAGGUCAAAUCCUUUGGCAAGGUCGAAUUGGGUUACGGUAUUAGGAAGCUCGACGGAAGACACUAUCAGGGACAAUUGAUGCAGAUAACAAUGAUGGCAACUCCAAACAUGAACAAGGAGCUUCACUACCUCAACAAGGAAGACAAACUGCUGCGCUGGCUCCUAGUUAAACACCGAGACAUCACGAUCGGACAAUCAGAUAAGGAAGUUAAUCUGACUGAUCCUAGCAGACUUACUAAUGGGAGCUUCUACGAUGAAUCCUCAACAGACGAAGAUGACGACAAUAUCUUAGGGUUAUCUCGAUGAGGAGAACAUUCAUUUUCUAUGAAUUGUUGUCUGAGAAACCAGAUCUUCAUGCGAGUCUACUUCAAUGGUUAUUUGACUUUUGGUUUACAAGGAGUAUGGUAAUGCGUUUUUGCGCAGGCAAUGAAAUAAAAAUUUGACUUAUGUAAUAGUUUUAGGUAAAUUUGAACUAAAAAUUUCAUUUUCAUGUGUGUUUCUUGUUAAAAGAUUGGCUAUUUUCCUAGUGGGAUAUUCCAACGUCAGCAAUUGCGUUGAGAAACGCAAAAAAAAUAAAUGCCACGUGUAUUGACA